UCAAAUCAUCCGCCGUCGAGAUUCGUGAACGGGGAGAGAAAUAAGAAACCCAUAUCUCGGAUCGUCUACCCACUAGCCCACCACCUGCGGGACGCGAAAGAAGCGAAGCAGGAGAACAGACAACCCAAACACGAUCGAGCAGAGGAACAAAGAAGACCAAAAAAAAACAAAACAUGCCUACCUCGCUAGACUCGGCCCGUCCCAUCAUGGCCCCUUCCACUAUCGGCUCCCCACGCACUUCAAUGCGCUACAGCACGUACAGCACGACGCCGUCGCUCGCAGCGACCGUGCAGACGACCGACUCGGCGCACGCCGAGAUCCGGGACAUCGAAAGCGGCCUUGCGCGCAUGGAAAACAAGGCUCUGUCGCAGCAGCGCGUCGUCCUGUCCGAGGAGAAGUCGGCCAACCUCAACAAGCUCGCGCUCGGCGCCAAGCUCGACCGCGCGCUCGAUCGCCGCAUGUCUGGCCAAGAUGCCGUCAUGAGGCCCAGGAACCAGAGCAUUCGCGAGAAAGGGGAAGAUCCGGAAAAGCAAGGAUAGACUCGGCGGACCCGGCAUAUAUACAUUACUGGGCAGACGCGGGGAUGGGUCGGAUGUAUACCAGGAAGAGUUUGGAAAGGGAGAGCAAUGUAAGCAGGGCAAAGCACCAGAUGAUACCAAGCGGAUGG